CAACAAUCUUGCGGUACGCGGAUGGGAAUUACAGUGCCAACGGGUUGUGAAAACUAUGAAGCACCACGGCUAGGAACUUACGGAAAUGAGGGAAAACAGUUUCCACCGGGAGCUAAAUGUUUUUUUUUUGUUUUGCACUACACCUGCGUAACUAGACUAGGAAAUGAACAGAAUCAUCUGUUAACACGACGGAAUCCCAUUUCAAGUAAAUGCGUGGUAGUGUGAGUAGAGGCGCGCGCGUGUGUGCGCUUACAUUCGAGCAGAAACAAAGAGGGAGUGAGAGAGCCAGAGUUGCUCAAAUUUACUGUCAAUAACAAAAAAUGAGCAAAACUUUAGCAGCUGACAUCUGUCAAAUGAGAGAGCGAGAGAAAGAGCGAGAGAGAGAGGGAGUCAAGGGAAAAGUCAAGGGGCAGCUUUGUUUACGUUUCCGUACGUACGGAAAAUGUUGUGAAGGGGAUUUUUUGCGGAAGGUGAUAGCGAGUUAUCUGGAGUGUAAUUUAUCUACCGAACCCCCACGAAAUGGUCAUUUUUGGCGUGUAUAUUGUGAACAAAUCCGGUGGGUUGAUAUUCAACCUGGACCAUAAUCUGCCCAAAAUCGAGACGGAGAAAACAUUCAGCUACCCGCUGGACAUCAGUUUGGAGUAUGAACCGAAACGGAUUUCCGUUGCAUUUGGGCAGCGAGAUGGAAUUAAUGUGGGCCAUCACUUGAUCGCCGUGAACGGGAUGCAGGUAAACGGAGCGGUCCUGGAGGAUGGGCGUGAGGUGAAGGAAAUCAUCGAAAGCAAGGACAGCUAUCCGCUGUCGCUCAAAUUCAGCCGGCCGAAGAUGACGACGAAUGAGAAGAUUUUUCUGGGCAGCAUGUUCUACCCGCUGUUUGCCAUUGCCAGCCAGCUAAGCCCGGAACCGAAAAGUAGCGGCAUUGAGGUGCUGGAAGCCGAUACAUUCCGAUUGCACUGCUUCCAGACGCUGACGGGCGUAAAGUUUAUGAUAUUCGCGGAAACGGUGCAGCCGGGCAUUGAUGUGCUGCUGCGACGGAUCUACGAGCUGUACGCGGAUUAUGUGCUGAAGAAUCCGUUCUACUCGCUCGAGAUGCCGAUCCGGUGCGAGCUGUUCGAUACGAAUCUGCAGACGUUGUUGGAUCAGGUGGAGAAAGGUGGUGUGGCUAGUAUUUAGGCUGAGGUUCAGUUCAGGACGUACAUUAAGCAAAACAUCCAUAAAUAAACACAUAAAUAAAUGCUCCCCGUGGAAUGCAAGUUCCUACGUCUGUAGUUUGGGGAAAGUUAAA